UAUUGCACCGUGCCUCAAUUCGAGAAAGAGAGAGAUUUCUUCCACCAUUCCUUCGCAGGAUUUGGCGUUCAUCCGUACAUAUUCUUCUCGUGGAGACCGUUUCCCUCGUCUCUCUGUUUCCUUGCCACGUCUCCUCUCUCUCUCUCUCCAUCAACAUUUCCUUUAUUUAUUUAUUUUAUUUAUGGAUUUUCUUCUUUCCCUCCGUUCUCUCGUUCCUCUCAUCGGUUUUCUCUCCCAACCAUAUGAAUUCUCGAAAUAUGUCGAAAACAAAAAUCCACGCAAAUCUGUUGAUGGGUUUUGUAGACAAGACCCUCUUUGUCAAAACCCAGAUGGGAUUUCCCUUCUAAGGUUAUCCAUCUGGAGAUUUCUUUCAGUCUUCUAAUGAGUGGAAGAGGAGAAAGAGGAUUUAUACUGAUGAAUUGAUGGGAAAUUACUGCUGGAGAUGGGCUGGAGAUCAUUCGCUGCAAAUUUGUUAAGGAAUUCGGCUCCCGAUGGCUUGCUUCUAGCCGAAAUUCAUGGCAAGAGGUAUUUGUGGGCCCAUCCUUGAGACAAUUGAAGCCUGUAAACGGCUAUUAAUCAUUCGAGAUGAUCACUGUUCCGUCCGAAAAGAUGUCGCAUGAACACAAAAAGAUGGAUCCUAAUAAAAGCAGAACUAAUUCAACUAGCAACCUGAGUUCAUGUUCAGGAGCACUUACAAAUUCAGAAACAACAACAAACACAAAAACAAGUGAUGCAAAGAUCAGUGAUUGUAGCAACAGCGUUAACCGAGGGAGCAAUAGUAGCAUCGGCAGCAACAGCAUAGACAGCUUUGUUUCUGCACCCAUCAAACCCCACACUGGCGGCGAUGGUCGUUGGGAUGCCAUUCAAUUGGCCACCUCAAGAGAAUCCCCUCUUGGACUCAGUCAUUUCAGACUCCUCAAGCGUCUUGGUUAUGGUGACAUUGGCAGUGUCUAUCUCGUUGAACUCAGAGGAACUAACACCUUCUUUGCCAUGAAAGUGAUGGACAAGGCGUCAAUUGCAAGUAGAAAUAAACUGAUCCGAGCACAGACAGAAAGGGAAAUUCUUGGUCUCCUGGAUCACCCCUUCUUGCCUACCCUCUACUCCUAUUUUGAGACGGAGAAGUUCUAUUGCCUGGUCAUGGAGUUCUGCAGUGGGGGUAAUCUCCAUUCCCUUCGGCAGAAGCAGCCCAACAAGUAUUUCAAUGAGCAUGCUGCACGGUUUUAUGCUUCUGAGAUAUUACUUGCUCUGGAGUAUUUGCAUAUGCUGGGGAUCAUCUACAGGGACCUGAAGCCAGAAAAUGUGCUAGUGAGAGAGGAGGGUCACAUCAUGCUCUCUGACUUUGAUCUUUCGCUGCGGUGCUCUGUGAAUCCGACACUCGUCAAGUCCUCAUCUGCCCAUGUCAGUGGUGAAGGCAUACUCGACUCUGACCAUGUGGUGGCCGGGUGCAUCCAGCCAACAACCUUCUUCCCACGCAUCCUACCUAAGAAGAACCGCAAGUCUAAAUCGGAUUUCGGGCUCUUUUCUAAUGGGUCACUCCCAGAACUGAUGGCAGAACCAACAAAUGCAAGAUCGAUGUCCUUUGUCGGGACCCAUGAGUAUUUGGCCCCAGAGAUAAUACGGGGGGAGGGUCAUGGUAGCGCAGUGGAUUGGUGGACAUUCGGUAUCUUCCUAUACGAGCUGCUGCAUGGAACGACUCCUUUCAAGGGUCAAGGCAACCGCGCCACUCUCUUUAACGUGGUAGGCCAACCGCUGAAGUUCCCCGAUGCACCUUCUGUUAGCCAUGUGGCACGAGACCUCAUCCGUGGCCUUCUAGUGAAGGACCCACAAAAACGGAUAGCCUACAGAAGGGGGGCCACAGAGAUAAAGCAACACCCAUUCUUUGAGGGAGUGAAUUGGGCUUUGGUGAGGUGCGCCACACCGCCACACAUACCUGAGCCUGUUGACUUUGGGCGCUUUGCUAGUAAGGAGGUGCCCCAUGUGGAGAAGAGCUUUGCAAGUAAGGAGGUAGCCCAUGCCGAGAAGAGCUUUGCCAGUAAGGAGGUGCCCCAUGUGGAGAAGAAGGUGGUUGAAAAUGGUGGUGGUGGAAAUAAGAACAACUCUCAGGGCUCACAUCUUGAUUUUGAGUACUUUUAGGGAAAUGGGGUAGCUAAUCUGAUGCCUGUACACACAUCCUAGGAAGGAUAGAUUGGAGUGGGAAGAGCAUGUGUUGUUUCCUUCGUAUUGCUCGGGCAAACAUUAACAAAUCAGGAUUUUUUUGGAAGAUGGCACACUACUGAUUAUGUGACGCCCGGUCCAGGUCCCUAAAAAUCAUAGUAGUUUGAAAAUCUAGAUUUUCAAGAAAUCAUUCCCCAAACAUGGCUUUGGUAUAUUGGGGAGAAAGUAAAUUGCAUUGAGAUGGGAUAUAGAUUUUCAAUGAAGAUUUUAUUUUAUUUUAUAUUUGUUGAAGUUGGAGAAAUAAACGAUGACGUUUGCAUCGGAUGAGAAAUACAUGCAAAUAUAGUUUUUGUAAGGCUAGUAGAAAAUCAUCAUUUUUGUAUAAUCUCUACAUUGGCUGUAUGUAAUUUUUACCCAUUGGUUGGGGGAAGCUCUCCCUUCUUCUGUACAUGAAAUUGUUGUUAAUAUACUAAAUAAAAUGCCCUAAAACAUUCUCUUUUGAAAUUUAUGCCUCA